AUGCCGCAGGCUUCUCCCUUGAACGUGGCUCUUGCGCGAAUGAAUGCAGAGUUCCUGAUCGCAGGACACUCUUCGUCUUUGCUAGGAGGACAAGAUGUGCGUAAUCCACUACACGGCCUCUACUCCGAUACGAAGCGCCUACUUGAGCAUUACUGCCCGAAGGACUCCAACAAUGCUUGGGCUGUUUCCGACAGGGAUGCAGCGCUCCUCUCCAACUUUAGUGCGGAAAUCUACCAAGCCAUUUUGCGCGCCGAAUGUGUUUACUUGCCCAAAUACCUCUACACCGAGGAGCAGCUUUGGGAGAAGGAAUUUAAGCGGGUGAUGCCUCGCCAUGCGGAGACGCUGGCUCUUCGCUUCGCGACACCAGACCAGAAAGACAACGAUAAGAUUGAAAAGCUGCUCGCCAAACUUGAUUCGCUUCACCUCUGGCAGGUCCCACGACUCAUCAACGUCGACACGGGCGGCGCUGAUGCUUCUCCAAGAUCCCCAAAGCACUGCACCGCUAGCGAGGCAGUCGAAAGAGACACCAGAGCGGCGAUGGCUGACGCCGCACACAGCAGUGCUUCUCGUACCCAUGGAUGGGAGCCGCCUGCCGGUGACGCUGGCUGGGACUCGCCCUCUGGUGGCAAUGAAUGGGGCUCGUCUGUCGGUGCCCCGACAGAGCCAGAUUCCAUCGAGGCUGCGCUGAAGCUCGGACUAGGCGACACGGAACGCCGAGUCAAGGCAAUCCAGGAUGCCAAGAAGAAACUGCAGAGCAAGCUCGCGAUCGUCGAGGAGGCCGAGACUGCUGUGCUCAAGGCUCAGGAUGCCAUUCAGCAGGCUCAGAAGGCGAUGACGCAGUCGGACCUUGCGCUGCUACAGUCGCAGGUGAACAGUCUGGCAUUGGCCCUCUGGUAA